AUGGCGUAUUUGGUUGGUUACUGCGACGCCAUAUUGGUUGUUACCCUUGCUCCAUUUCUGUAUCGUGCCGUUACUGCAGAAAUGGAAGUGAAAAGGUGUCGUCGGAAUAAUGUGACUGUUCCGCAGACUUUCAAGAAACGGGUAGACCUCUACCCCAAUAAACCCUGCUUCUUUUUUGAGGACCGCGUUUGGACAUACAGUGACAUUAACAAAUACAGCAACCAAAUAGCCUGGGUGUUUCAAAAAGCGAAUUACGUAAAAGGAGAUGCUGUGGCGUUAAUGAUGCCGAACAGACCGGAAUACGUCGCUAUUUGGCUUGGUCUUGGUAAACUCGGCGUUGUCACUGCUCUAAUUAACACGAAUUUACGGCAGCAAUCUUUGAUUCAUUGCCUUCGUAUCGCCAAAGUGAGGAGCAUCAUUUAUGUGGAAGACUACUCGUCUGUCCUCAAUGAUAUUAAAGACUCGAUUCAGGGUAUAGAGAAAUACAAAGUGUGCUUCAAGUCGGAAACCUGUGAAAAUGAUGUGAUCGAUUUGAACAAACUUCUGUCAGAAGCCAGCACGGAAGAACCGAUAGUGAAAGAUCAACCUGGUUACAGGGACAAACUAUUGUACAUUUAUACGAGUGGCACCACUGGCCUACCAAAAGUGGCUAUAGUACUAAAUUCAAGGUACUUGCUAGUCGAGAUGCCAUUCCGUUUGCUAGGAAUAAAAUCAAACGAUAUCCUGUACAAUCCAAAUCCACUGUACCAUACCGCUGGUGGAAUGAUUGGAGUAGGUUUUGCGAUCCUCAAAGGUAUACCAAACGUCCUCAGAGCCAAAUUUUCCGUCUCGGCUUAUUGGACGGACUGCAUCAAGUAUAAUUGUACCACUGCGCAAUAUAUCGGCGAAAUGUGCCGUUACUUGUUAAAUGCGCCACCCAAACCGCAGGAUAGAGCGCAUAGAUUAAGACUCAUGUUUGGAAACGGUAUGAGGCCGCAAAUUUGGGACCAGUUCGUCACACGAUUCAACAUUAAAAGGGUCGCUGAAUUUUACGGAUCCAGCGAAGGAAACGCUAAUAUUGCAAAUCUAGAUGGCAAAGCUGGAGCUAUCGGUUUUGUACCACUACUUAUACCAAGAAGAUUCCAUCCUUUAGCAAUUAUUCGUGUACAUAGCGAAACAUAUGAACCAAUUAGAGGUCCAAAUGGAUUGUGCAUUAGGGCUGAAACAAAUGAACCAGGGAUGUUCAUAGGCUUAAUAAAAGAAGGUAAUGCUCUGAGAGAGUUCAAUGGCUACCUAGAUCAAGAAGCGUCAAACAGAAAGAUAAUCCAAGAUGUGUUUGUUAAAGGAGAUAAGGCGUUCUUGACGGGUGAUAUUUUGGUAGAGGAUGAGUAUGGAUACAUUUAUUUCAAAGACAGAGUAGGAGAUACGUUUAAAUGGAAAGGUGAAAAUGUUGCCACUGCCGAAGUGGAGGGUGUCAUUAGUAAUAUCGUAGGACAACGAGAUGCUACUGUUUAUGGAGUUCAGGUACCUGGAAUGGAAGGAAGGGCAGGUAUGGCAGCGAUAGUCGACCCAGAUAGUCUUUUAGACUUCAAAGCCUUAGCAGAAGGAUUGGAAAAAGCUUUGCCAGCAUAUGCAAGACCAAUCUUCUUAAGAAUCGUGAAGGAAUUAGAAAUGACGGGAACAUUCAAGUUAAAGAAAGUGAACCUACAAAAGGAAGGCUUCGAUCCAAGUAAAAUUCAAGACAAGAUGUAUUUCUUAUCGGGCAACAAAGAAUACGUCGAAAUCACACCUGAACUUUAUCAAGAAAUUAUAUCUGGAUCGCAGAAGUUCUAGUCGUCAUGUACGAUGUCUUAAGUGUCGAGGAUGUAAAAGUUAGACGUGUAACUUUUUUUUUACAAUAUGAACAUGACUUAUUACAUUGCGUCUUGUAGAUACAAUGCGUAACAUUUUAUAACGUCACAUAUGUGAUAACGCAAAAAAAAAUAGACGAAAAUUUCUUGAACUGGUGUAAGAUUAUUUUUAUGAUAUAAGUUCAGAAACGGGGAGCUUGUUGCGUAGGGGUGAAGUUGUAUUUCUGUCAUCAAUAAUCGGACGAAUUCGAUUUCGCCAAUAGUUCUUAACCUUAGAACGAGCGAAUAUGGUGACAUGUUCCUGUAUAUUUUAUAAAUACUCUACAUAUUUAAAUGAACGAAUCGAUCGUAGUGUAAGAUUGGCACUGAAGAUAGAACUAUAGUUUGAAUAAAGUUAUACUUAAUACUUGCGGUGACCUUUUGUCGAUGAAAAAAAAAAGAAACGAUAUUUUAUUUCAUAUUUUGUCCUUUCAUGUUCUACUUCUGAUUAUUCAAAA